AUGAAUCCCUUCAAUUCCAUGCUUCCAUUAUUUCUCCUCGCCCUCUUCGCCCUCUUCUCUCCGGCGAAACCAGACGCCGCCCUCAUCCGAAACCUCUGCGGCAGAACCGAGCAGCCGGUGAUUUGUUCUGCUUGCCUCAAUUCCGAUUCCGCCAGCCGGACUGCCAAUGGGCGUGGACUCGCAGUCAUCGCCGUCGGAUGUGCGGAGAGGAAUACCAGAGCAAUGGCCCAGAGGAUCGGCGACAUUUCCCGUAGAACGCCGAAUUCCCCUGUGAAGACGCUGUUGAACGAUUGCUGGUUUUCCACAGGGUAUGCCGCCGGCAAUUUUCCAGGAAUCAGAAGUGCGGUCCAAGGAGGAGAUUAUGCCCGUGCCAGAAACGGCGUGGAGAUUUCGAUUAGGAAUGUCAAUAGCUGCUUGGCUGGGUUCGAUAAAAACCCUUCGGUCCCGGUGCCGUCGGAGGUUUUGGCUGGGACGGUGGCGGCCGUUCAGAGCUGCCGGAUUGUUUUGGGGAUAUUGAACAACAUUUAA